GUGUGAGCCCCGACGCCCGGCCCGGCCCUCAGCGGGCCCACCCCGCACACGGCGCGCCUCCCCGGGGGGAAUAUGAGCCCCCGCCGGCCCGUCCAUGUGGAUAUCUCGGUCGCUGCACAGGGGAGCGGUUGUGGCUGAGGAAGCCGAGCGGCUGCCCUCCCGGCCGGCCGAGCUGGCCCAGGGCCGCUUCUACCCGCGCUGCUACCAGCGCUCGGAGGCCGCCAUGGCCGCGCCGUUCUGCGGCCAGGAGCAGCAGCCGCCGCCGCCGCCCUGCCAGGAGCAGCAGCAGGGCCCGGGUCGGCCCGAAGCGCCGCGGCAGGACCCGCCGCCGCCUCCACAGCAGCAGCAGCCGCCGCCGCCGCCUCCGACCCAGCAGCAGUGCGGCCUCUGCUGCUCCCGGGGCCCCGGGUCGCGCUCCCGCUCCAGCCCGGCCGACGAGCUGCGGCUGCUGCCCUGCCGCCACUCCCUGUGCCAGGCGUGCCUGGAGGCGCACGGCGGCGGCGGGCGGCGGCGGCGUGGCGGAGGCGCCGCCAGCAACAACAACGGCGGGCCGGCCACUCACCGCGUCCGGCCCGAGGCCGAGCCCUCGCCUCCCGCCGCUGCCGCCGCCGCCUCCUCUUCCUCCUCCUCGGCCAACUCCUGCGGGCCGCCCGAGCUCGCCUGCCCCAUCUGCGAGCGCCGCAUGCCGGCCGCCGAGAGCGACGGGCUGCCGGCCGACCUGCUACUGCUCAACAACCUGCUGGACGUGGUGCCGGCGGCCGAGGACGAGCUGGACGGAGGCGGCGGCGGCGGUGGUGUGCAGCGGCGGGGCCGCGCCAAGGGCUCGCCGUCGGGCUGCAGCUCCUGCGAUGAGGGUGCGCCGGUGACCUCCCGCUGCAUGGACUGCGCCGAGUACCUGUGCGAUCACUGCGUGCGGGCGCACCAGCGGGUCCGCCUCACCAAGGAGCAUGUCAUCCACCGCUUCAGGCAGCAGAACUACAGCCAGCAGCCCUUCGCCAGCCUGCCGCUUGCCCACGAACGGGUCAGCUACUGCCAGCAGCACGACAGCGAAGUGAUGCGUCUGUACUGUGAUACCUGCGCCGUACCGAUUUGUCGAGAAUGCACAAUGAGCCGUCAUGUAGGACACAGCUUUGUCUACCUCCAGGAUGCCGUACAGGACUCCAAAGAAAUAACCUUGCAGUUAUUAGCAGAUGCACAGCAAGGCCGGCAGGCCAUUCAGCUCAGUAUAGAGAAAGUUCGAGCCAUGGUAGAACAAGUGGAGAUGAAGGCUCAAGUUAUUCGAUCAGAGGUCAAAGCAGUAACUUCACGGCAUAAGAAGGCUUUAGAGGAACGUGAAUGUGAGCUAUUGAGAAAAGUAGAAAAGAUCCGGCAGAUGAAGGCCAAGACUCUUCACCUCCAAGUAGAAGCACUGCGUGAAAAUUUAACCAGGCUGGAGAGCACAAUAGAUUGUGUGCAGAAAGCCCUAUUAGAUGGGCGAGAUGUGGAUGUACUCUUGGCAAAAGAGCAAAUGUUUGUUCAAAUCCAAGAUCUGAAGAAACUUCGCAAUCUCCUUCAACCUCAAGACGACGACACACUUUCAUUCAUUCCGCCUGACGGUGUACUAUACAAGGCCAUCAAAUCCCUCGGCAUAAUCAGCAGCAGUGCAUAUGCCCCAAUAUCUACAGCUGCUGGUGAGGGGUUGAAGCGAGCUUUGCGUGGGAAAAUGAGCAGCUUCACAGUGAUCACCAAGGAUCAUACCGGCGAAGGGAGAUCAUCUGGUGGUGAUUUGGUAGUAGUUGUUAUUAUGGGACCCGAUGGGUGCCUCUUUCGAGCAGAUGUUCUUGACCACCACGAUGGCACCUAUACAGUUAAUUACUCCCCACAUCUGGAAGGCGAGCAUGUAGUCUCGGUUACAAUUCGUGGGCAGCAUAUUGAGAACAGCCCCUUCCGUGUAAUUGUCAAAGCAGGCCGCAACUACACGGGAAUUGGGCUUCCGAUUUGCUCCUUUGGUGGAGAAGGGGAUGAAGAUGGGCAGCUCUGUCGGCCAUGGGGUGUCUGUGUCAACAAGGAAGGUUAUAUCAUUAUUGCUGAUCGUAGCAAUAACCGUGUCCAGGUGUUCACACCCAGUGGAACCUACCACCACAAGUUUGGGACGGCAGGCUCCCGACCUGGGCAGUUUGAUCGUCCUGCUGGUGUUGCCUGUGAUCAGAAUUGUCGGAUCAUAGUGGCCGAUAAGGACAACCACCGCAUUCAGGUUUUCACCUUUGAGGGGCAAUUCAUCCUUAAAUUUGGGGAGAAAGGAAGCAAGAAUGGCCAGUUCAACUAUCCCUGGGACGUUGCAGUCAAUACUGAUGGGAAGAUUCUGGUGUCUGAUACUCGCAAUCACAGAGUUCAGCUGUUUGGCCCAGAUGGAAACUUUGUCAGUAAAUAUGGCUUUGAGGGGGCUUUGUGGAAGCACUUUGAUUCUCCUCGUGGAGUGGCCUUCAACCAUGAAGGGCAUCUUGUGGUAACAGAUUUCAACAACCACCGGCUGCUGGUAAUCCACCCUGACUUCCAGUCAGCACGCUUCCUUGGUUCUGAAGGCACAAGUAAUGGGCAGUUCCUGCGACCUCAGGGUGUGGCUAUUGACCAAGAAGGCCGCAUCAUUGUAGCCGACUCCAGGAAUCAUCGCAUUCAGAUCUUUGAACCAAAUGGCAACUUCCUGUGCAAGUUUGGGACCCAAGGCAGUGGCUUUGGGCAGAUGGACCGUCCGUCCGGAAUAGCCCUAAUGCCAGAUGGACUGAUAGUAGUUGUUGACUUUGGCAACAAUCGUAUCCUCUUGUUUUAAUAAUGCUGUGUUCUUGUUUUUCUAUAUUGUGGAUUUGUUGCUCAGGGACAAUGUCUUAAUUGUUUUCCCUAUAGAAGACAGGUAUUUUUUUUUCUGUGCUGCAGUCAUCUACCUCAUGUUGGUAAAGUGUGAGCUUGAGCUGUGAGACUACUUUCAAAACUACAUAAAUUUAUAGCAGACCUACCUCACUGCCUGCAGAUGUUGGGCUGACUAAUGUUUGGAUAUUUCCAUGGAACUGUGCAAAUGUGUCCAGGCAAUUGGUGCCUUUAUGAUCUGAAUCCAAAGACUUGUUUCUUAGUAUUAAAGUUGUCCUGUAGCUUUAUUUAAUGAAAAUCUCUCAGGUAGGAAGACUAUUGGCCACUUGUAUAGCCUAAAAAUGGCCAAUUGUGGGUGACUGAUAAAGGCUUUGGCUGCCUACCUGCAUACAUUUUGUUUUCAGGGAUUAUUUGAUAUUGAACAUCUUGUAUGUUUAGCCCUACACUUUCUGAAUGUAACCCUACACUCCACCUGAAUGUAAACUAAAUACCUCUUUUGUUUUUUUUUGUUUUUAGGGUGUAAUGUUCUUUGGCCUAAUGCACAUAGAAGCUCUUGAGGGUUCUUCUGAGUGUUUAUUUGGGGUGUUGUGUAAAACAAAAAAUAUUGAGUUGUCAUUUGAAUACCCUGAAGAUCAAACUAUACUUAUGGCACCUGGGAUAAUCAAAAUAUAUUUACCUCUACUGCUAUCUCAGGUACCUGUAUGAAAUCUAUUUCCUACUCGGUUAGUAGGCUGUAUUUGGUCUUGGAGGCAGUAUUACUUAGUAUUGGAAGUGAGAAUUGGCUGGUUUAAAAAAAACCAAAUGCAUUUUCUUUUCGGCUCUUGUAUAGUCCUAAUUGGGAUCAGCAAAUAAAAAUGGUGCUGCUUGGUGCAUAACUGCUUCAAUACGUGUGCUGUGACCAAUGCCUUAGACAGAAAUUAAGUAUGCGCCUAAUUUGAAUAUCCAAUCUGUUCUCAAUGCCAGCCCUUCUCAAUAGGAAAAUAUUCAAUCAUCUGAUCCUUCAUUGAGCAAUUGUAUUUGGAUAUAAUGGUGCUUUUUUCAUUAUUUCUGUUGCAUUUUGAGAAGAGCUGAUCAGUUCUUUACUGCUGGAAUUAAGAGAAUGUGGUUGUAUUAUUCUGUCCCUUGGUAGCAAAUAGUUCUGUUCUUUUCAGCAUGAAUAUAAUGGUUUGUUUGUCAUGUGCUGAAGCAAUGGUAAUACACAUGAAGACCCACGAGGACUGGCAAGGAUUACUGAUUGUAACAGUGCUGUAUGUGAAUACUCUGGCAGAAUUUUGGUUGUAGCUAAUAGUAGAUUCCAUAGAUUUAAUUCCAUCUCUGACUCGUCUGUUUCCUUGUAGCCCAAAAGCAGCCAGUUAGUUUAGAAAUGAGACUGUCUCUAAAACUACUUUAAGUUUAUGCAAAUUAUUUCCAUCACAGCCUUCAAUAGAGAUUUAAGUUUUUUAAAAAGUCAGUAUUUAUACAGUCUGGGAACUGCAGCAUAUAAAUGUAUUUCACAAAACUACAGCACAUAAACAUGACACUUUUGCUUAAGUUAACAGCCAAAAUUGUAUUAUUUUAACACGCAGCCAGUUUCAUCUGACGUGCUAGGAUGUUCCAUUAGAUCUUCUGCCUUACUAGUCUGGUAAUCAAUGUUACAGGCACAGUCAGGUUUUUUCAUAUUUAAAGCCAUUUUCCUGCUGUUACUUGUGGCUCUGCUGUUGUCUGCAAUCGUGAGUGGGGAGGAAAGGGUCCAGUAGUUUAAAAACAGAGAAUGUUAGGGAUUUCCAAAUGCUCACUGUUUUAACAUGAUUGCUUUUGGUACCUUGCUGAAGUUCAGCUGCUAAGGCUGCUUAUCAAAACGUGGUGUUGCCCCAAAAAGGAUUUGCUCUACUGAGCAGACCAGUGAUGACGACAAAACUACUGGGCCAAUCUCUGGAUGCAGUUGUUCCUGAAUUCUGAAGCGCAAUGUCUGAAAGGUAGAGCAAUCUUAUCCCUACUCCAAGUUGAUUUAGCUGU